AUUGGAAUUGAAAAUACUACGAGGUCUCUGUAAAGUGACAGCUGCAGAGAAGCAUGCGACAGUACUGCAUGUGUUACAUAUAGAGAUUAGUAUUUCCGUGCAGUGAAGUGUAAAUUUAGAAAUGCGUAUAUUUAAAUGAGUUACAGACCGUCUUCAGUGUCUAACUGGUGUCGUUACGUCUCCACAAUGUUUAGGCAAACGACAGGUUUGUUAAAGCAGCCUAGAUAUUUAAGUUUUUUAGGUCAGAAACCAUGGAGGUUCAACAGUAGUUCUGCCAAAGAAAGAGCAUUGCUGUACAAAGCUGGGGAGAAAAUCCAUGGGUUUACAGUGAAUCAGGUGACUGAUGUUCCUGACUUGUUUCUUACUGCUGUAAAACUGACCCAUGAUAACACCGGAGCCCGGUAUCUGCAUGUUGCAAGAGAUGAUUCCAACAAUCUGUUCAGUGUGCAGUUCAGGACCACUCCAAUGGAUAGUACUGGAGUACCUCAUAUUCUAGAGCACACAGUACUAUGUGGCUCUGAGAAGUUUCCCUGUAGGGACCCCUUCUUCAAAAUGCUGAACAGAUCCCUCUCUACCUUUAUGAAUGCAUUUACAGCCAGCGACUACACAAUGUAUCCAUUUUCUACACAAAAUGGCAAGGAUUUUCAAAACCUUCUCUCUGUGUAUCUGGAUGCUGUCUUUUUCCCUUGUCUCCGAGAACUAGAUUUUUGGCAGGAAGGUUGGAGGCUAGAACAUGAAAAUCCUACAGAUCCAAAUGCACCUUUAGUGUUCAAAGGAGUGGUCUUUAAUGAAAUGAAGGGAUCAUUUACCGAUAAUGAGAGACUAUAUGCACAACACCUCCAAAAUAAACUGUAUCCUGACCACACUUACUCGGUGGUAUCAGGCGGUGAGCCUCUUGACAUCCCGGAGCUCUCCUGGGAACAGCUAAAACAGUUCCAUGCCACACACUACCAUCCCAGCAAUGCCAGGUUCUUUACCUACGGGAAUCUACCUCUAGAGCAGCACUUGAAGCAAAUCCAGGAAGAAGCUCUGUCCAGAUUUCAGCGCACAGAGCCACAAACAGCUGUCCCACCACAGACGCAUUGGAGCAACCCUAGGGAGCACCAUGUGACCUGUGGGCCAGAUUCACUUGCUCCUGAUCCUUCCAAACAGAAUACAGUCUGUGUCAGUUACCUGCUUGGAGAUAUUACAGAUACCUUUGAAGCCUUCACAUUAAAUCUUUUGUCUUCCCUGAUGGUUACUGGACCCAACUCCCCAUUUUACAAAGCCCUGAUUGAGGCCAAGAUUGGAACAGACUUCUCUUCCGUUGUUGGUUUUGAUGGCAGCAUCAAAGAGGCCUCCUUCAGUGUGGGCAUGCAGGGGAUUGCAGAAAAAGACAUCGAAACAGUUAAAGAAAUAAUCUUCAAAACGGUUAAUGAAAUUAUUGCCAAUGGAUUCGAGGAGGAAAGGAUAGAAGCACUUCUUCACAAGAUUGAAAUCCAGAUGAAGCAUCAGAGCACCAGUUUUGGUCUUUCCUUGGCAUGUUAUAUUGCUACUUGCUGGAACCAUGAUGGGGACCCAGUGGAGCUUUUAAAGAUCACUGACAAAGUGACCAGGUUCAGGCAAUGCCUUCAGGAUAAUCCACACUUUCUUCAAGAGAAGGUCAAACAGUACUUCAAGGAUAACCCUCAUCGGCUGACCUUGUCAAUGAGUCCAGAUGAGUCUUACUUUGAGAAGCAAGCUCAGGCAGAGGAAGAAAAGCUCAAACAAAAAGUCAGUGCCUUGUCUGAAGAGGACAAAAAGCUAAUCUACGAAAAAGGUUUACAGUUGAUGGCUGCUCAGAGUACAACCCAAGACGCCUCUUGUCUGCCCGCAUUGAAAGUGUCUGAUAUUCUGCCAACUAUUCCAUUUACACCUGUGGAAAUGGGAAAUGCAGGUGAUGUCCCAGUACAGUACUGUGCCCAGCCCACAAAUGGCAUGGUUUAUUUCAGGGCAAUGUGCAGCCUGAACACACUUCCCGAGGAGCUCAAAAUAUAUGUUCCACUUUUCUGCAAUGUCAUAACUAAGCUCGGAUGUGGAGUCAUGGACUACAGACAGCAGUCUCAGCAAAUUGAGCUGAAGACUGGAGGAAUGUCGGUUUCUCCCCAAAUUAUUCCAGAUGCCACCGACCUAGAUGUGUAUGAACAGGGGGUGCUACUCUCUUCUUCUAGUCUGGAGAGGAAUGUGCCUGAUAUGAUGCGACUCUGGAGUGAGAUUAUUAACACUGCCUGUUUUGAUGAUGAGGAGCGGCUGCGAGUGCUGGUUAUGAUGUCAGCUCAGGAACUCGCCAAUGGGAUUCCAGAUUCCGGACACACGUAUGCAAUGAUUCGAGCUGCUAGAAACCUCACUCCAGCAGGAGACUUACAAGAAACAUUUGAUGGCAUGGACCAAGUGAAUAUUAUGAAGAGAAUUGCAGAGAUGUCCAAUCUCACCCCAAUACUGCGCAAGUUUCCGCGCAUAAAGAAACAUUUAUUCAACCCAGAGAACAUGAGAUGUGCUGUUAAUGCCACUCCUCAGAUGAUGUCAGAAGCAUCCUUGGAAGUGGAGAAGUUAAUGAAUUUAAUUGCUCGGAAGAAAAAGGAAAGAAAACAUGUUCAACCCAACAUUAUUGAGAAACCACUGGAUCCACUGGUUGGAAGCAGUUUUAGUCCAGGUCCUAGCAGGAAACUCAUUUCUGACCCAACUUUUAAACCCUGCCAGAUGAAAACAUAUUUUCAGCUUCCUUUCCCUGUGAAUUAUGUGAGCGAAUGUAUUCGUGCUGUUCCUUUUGCAGACCCGGAUUAUGCCAGUCUUCAAAUACUUGCACGACUGAUGACAGCAAAGUUUCUGCAUGGGGAAAUCCGAGAGAAAGGGGGUGCUUAUGGAGGAGGAGCAAAGAUGGGUCAGGGUGGAUUAUUUGCUUUCUACUCUUACAGGGACCCAAACUCUAUAGCAACACUGACUGCCUUCAGGAAGGGGGUAGAGUGGGCCAAAGCUGGAAAAUUCACACAGCAGGACAUUGAUGAAGCCAAACUGUCAGUGUUUUCAGCUGUUGAUGCACCUAUAGCUCCUUCCAACAAAGGCAUCAGCCAAUUCCUGAAUGGCAUCCCUGAUGAAAUGAAGCAGAAACACAGAGAACAACUUUUUGCAGUCACUCACAAGUCCCUGGUUGAAGUGGCAAACAAGUAUCUGGGAAUUGGACAGAGGACGUGUGGAUUAGCAAUUCUGGGGCCACCAAAUGAAAGCAUUAACAAGAAUCCUUCCUGGGUUGUCCGAUAAUUAAAAGAAGAUCUGCUGCUGCUGCUACGUUUUGAUACUGUUGUAGACACUCAAGAUUUAACCAGAAAACAAAUUUGCUAUUGAAAAUAGAAAGACUCACCAACAAAUAUUUUCCUAAUAUCUCUUCUGCCUGCAAUAUCUUAUAACCCAAGUAUGUGUUGUAGUUACCUGGUGUUUUUUUUUUUAUACAAAUGUGUUUUGUGUAUGUAUUGAACUAUACAUAAUUUAAAAUGAAAGUAAUAGUGUUUAACAUUAACAAAUAGAUAUUCUAAUUUGUGGUUCUGUUUUACAAUCUCAACAUGUGAAGUUGGGUUAAUAUCGAAAUGCAUGACCUCACUUUUAUAUAGUGUACAAGUGCUUUUUAAUAUUUCUGAAGAGUUUAUGAUCUGACGGGAAGCACCAUUUGGCAGACUAAUAAAAGGUGUGUUUUAUAAGGUGAA